AGUGACUUUUCCAAAGUUUGCACGGCGUCCACACUGUUUGUGUUCCCGGUGGGAAUAACUCGACCACCGGGCCCGAAGCAGCAGGCGGACGCGCUGUGGGAGCGCACACAGGACGUCGCUGGAGGGGGCAGGAAGUUUGAUAAGAAAGAAUUUAAGUUUUUGCGCUGUGUUGCUCUUUCAUCUUGCUGAGGAUCCAGAAGAAGAGUCGUGGAAUGACGCAUGAGUGGGAUCAUCCUGUGGGAUUAAGAUAAAACUAUUAAAAUGGAGAACUUCUUCACGGAGGGCGACCGUGUCUGGCUGCAUGAGGACAAGCAGUACCUUCCCAGCACCGUGUCCUCCUGUGCGGGCGGCGUGGUCGUCUUUGCCACAGAUUACGGCCAGGUGUACACGUACAAGCAGAAUGCGCUGACAAGGCAGAAGGUCCAGCCCAUGCAUGGCAGCAGUGUCACUGGUGUGGAGGACAUGGCGGCGCUGGAGGACCUGCAUGAUGGCGCAAUCAUGCACAACCUCUUCCUGCGUUACCGACAGAGGCACAUCUACACAUACAUCGGCUCCAUCCUGGCAGCGGUGAAUCCCUACCAGUCGCUGCCCGGCCUGUACGAGCGGCCCGCCAUAGAGCUGUACAGCCGCCACCACCUGGGCGAGAUUCCGCCCCACAUCUUCGCUGUGGCCAACGAGUGCUACCGCUCGCUGUGGAGGAGGCCGCACAAUCACUGCGUGCUCAUCAGUGGUGAGAGCGGAGCUGGGAAGACAGAAAGCACCAAACUAAUCCUGAAGUUCCUGUCGGCCAUGAGCCAGCAUUCCCUCGAAGUGUCCUCCAGAGAGAGGACGUCACACGUGGAGGAGGCGCUGCUGGAGAGCGGUCCCAUCAUGGAGGCCUUUGGGAAUGCCAAGACUGUCUAUAACAACAACUCCAGCCGCUUUGGGAAGUUUGUACAGCUGCAUUUUAACCAAAAAGGAAACAUCCAAGGAGGCAGAAUUGUCGACUACCUCUUAGAAAAGAACCGAGUUGUCCGGCAGAACCAGGGUGAGAGGAACUAUCACAUCUUCUACGCUCUUUUAGCAGGAGCCAGCGAUCAGCAGAGAGAGGCAUUAGGACUGAGCCACCCUAGCAGUUACCACUACCUGACCCAGUCCAAUAGCCCCCAAGACAAUACAAUCAACGACAAAGGCACUUUUCAAGAUGUUCUGAAUGCCAUGAGAACGAUGCAGUUCACGGAAGAGAACAUUGCAGAGAUCCUGCGACUCCUGGCAGGAAUCCUCCAAGCUGGGAACAUUGAAUUCAUGACAGCCGGAGGAGCACAGAUCACAUCCAAGGCUGCUCUCAGUCGGACGUCAGAGCUUCUGGGUUUGAACUCGGAUCAGCUAGCUGAGGUUCUGACCCACAGGUCUAUGAUCCUAAGGGGGGAGGAGAUCUCCACUCCUCUCACCGUGGAGCAGGCUGUGGACUCCAGAGACUCCAUGGCCAUGGCACUUUAUUUCCAGUGUUUCAACUGGAUCAUCCGCAAGCUCAACAGUCGCAUUCGAGGCAAAGACGACUUCAAAUCUAUCAGCAUCCUCGACAUCUUUGGCUUUGAGAACUUUGAGGUGAACCACUUUGAGCAGUUCAGCAUCAACUAUGCAAAUGAGAAGCUUCAGGAAUAUUUCAACAAGCACAUUUUCUCCUUGGAGCAACUGGAGUACAACAAGGAAGGUCUGGUCUGGUCUAACAUUGACUGGAUGGACAACGGAGAGUGUCUGGACUUAAUAGAGAAGAAACUGGGCCUGCUGGCGCUGAUGAACGAGGAGAGUCACUUCCCUAAAGCCACAGACGACACGCUGCUUGAGAAACUACACACCCAGCACUCGAAAAACCCUUUCUACGUGAAGCCUCGUGUUGCUGUUCACUACUUUGGAGUCAAACACUAUGCGGGAGAGGUGGUGUACGACGUGAGGGGGACGUUGGAGAAGAACAGAGACACUUUUAGGGACGACGUCCUCAACCUGCUGCGGGAGAGCAGGUUGGACUUUGUCUAUGACCUCUUUGAACACGUGCUGAGUCGCAACAAGCAGGACACGCUGAAGAGCAGCUGCAAGCACAGACGACCCACCGUCAGCUCCCACUUUAAAGACUCUUUGCACUCGCUGAUGGCCACGCUCAGCACCUCCCAUCCUUUUUUCAUCCGAUGCAUCAAACCAAACACACACAAGAUGCCUGACCAAUUCGACCAGACGGUGGUUUUGAACCAGCUCAGGUAUUCCGGCAUGCUGGAGACGGUCAAGAUUCGACGCAGUGGCUUUCCCAUCCGGAGACCUUUCCAGGAGUUCUGCAGCAGAUACAAGGUCCUGAUGCGGGAUGCGCUGGUGCUAGAUGACGUCAGGGGUCGCUGCGUCCAGCUGCUGCAGCGUUAUGACAGCACCGGCACCGAGUGGCAGCUUGGAAAAACCAAGGUGUUCCUCAGAGAGUCUCUGGAACAUCAUCUGGAGAAGCAGCGUGAGAUGGAGGUGCUGAAAGCAGCCAUGGUCAUCCAAGCUCACAUGAUGGGCUACAUGGUCAGAAAGCAGUACAGGAGGUUGCUGCAGUGCAUUGUGGUCAUCCAGAAGAACUACCGUGCUUUUUACAUGAGGAGGAAGUUCCUGCUGCUCCGGCGGGCAGCACUCACCGUCCAGAAGGUUCUACGAGGACAGCUGGCCCGCCGCGCCUUCAGCCAGCUGCUGGCCGAGAGGAGGAGGAGGAGGGAAGAAGAGGAGCGACGCAGGAGGCUGGAAGAGGAGAUGGAGAGGGAGAGACGGACGCUGGAGGAGAAGCAGCUGGCAGAGGAGGUACCAAAGACAACCAUGCUAAAAACUAACAUCUCAGAGAACUUCAGCAGGCUGUCAACUGUAAAGAAAACAAAAAAAAUGGCUUCCAGGAGGUGUGAAGACCAGCAGCGAGCUGAGGAGCUGGCAACUCUGCUUGUGGUUCAGUCUCAGACUCUCCCAGCUGUCACUACCUCGCCAGACUCUUUAAAGGAACAGGAGGAGACAGCAGAGGCCUUGGACAUGGAGGAGGCCAUACGCCCUCACGAGGCAUCUCAGGUGGAGGAGAUCCUUCGCCUGGAGCGUGAGAUCCAGUCUCUGCAGAUGCAGAAGGAGCGCCAAGAGCUCUCCUUGACGGAGGCGUCGUUGCAGCGCCUCCAGGACCUCCGUGACCAAGAGUUGCAGCGUCUGGAGGAGGAGGCCUGCAAGGCAGCGCAGCACUUCUUGCAGUCACUCAACUUUGAUGAGAUUGACGAGUGCGUGAGGAACAUCGAGAGCUCGCUGGCUGUGGAAGGACGAGAAAAGGAGGAAGAGGAAGUGGAUGAAGGCUUUGGUGCCGAUGAAGAGGCCUUCAAAGACUCUCCCAACCCGAGUGAGCAUGGCCACUCUGACGGCCAGCGGACCAGUGGCAUCCGUACCAGCGACGACUCCUCCGAAGAGGACCCGUACGCCAACGACGGUGUGAUCCCGCCUCUCCCGCCAACCACCGUGCUCCUCCAGGCUCCCCCUCUACUUCCGCCACCCGCCGCCUGCCUCCUUGUCCCCUCCGUUAAGGAGGACCCUCAGGCCGACCACCUGGUGGAGCUCAUUCCUCCUGACGAGGACUCUGACUACGACCAGGACGACUACGAUGAAGGUGCCAUCGUUUCCAGCGGCAGCGUGGCCUUCUCCAACCCUCGCAGUGAGCAGUGGUCUUCUGACUACCGCGGCUCCUUGGGAACCUACAACAGCUCGGGCGUGUACCGCUUUGGAUCAGAGGGGGCGCAGUCCUCGUUUGAGGACAGCGAGGAGGACUUUGACAGGUUUGACACGGACGACGAGCUGUCCUACCGCAGAGAUUCCGUCUACAGCUGCGUCACGCUUCCCUACUUCCACAGCUUCCUACACAUCAAAGGUGGCCUGAUGAACACAUGGAAGCGGCGCUGGUGCGUGCUUAAGGACGAGACCUUCUUGUGGUUCCGGGCCAAACAGGAAGCGCUGAAGCAGGGGUGGCUGCACAAGAAAGGAGGCGGGUCGUCUACAUUGUCACGACGCAACUGGAAGCGCCGCUGGUUUGUGCUGCGCCAGAGCAAGCUCAUGUACUUUGAGAACGACGGCGAGGACAAACUGAAAGGAGUGCUCGACAUGCACACUGCCACACAGGUCAUCGAUAACACGCACAAAGAGAAUGGGAUCAACAUCAUCAUGCCAGAAAGGACUUAUCACCUGGUAGCAGAGUCUGCUGAGGACGCCAGUCAGUGGUUCAGCGUGCUGAGCCAGGUCCACAGCUCCACAGAGCAGGAGAUCAGCGAGAUGCACGAUGAGCAGGCUAACCCCCAAAACGCCGUGGGCACACUGGACGUGGGCAUGAUCGAUUCAGUGUGUGCAUCAGACAGUCCAGAGAGGCCGAACUCCUUCGUCAUCAUCACUGCUAAUCGAGUGCUGCACUGCAACGCCGACACCCCCGAGGAAAUGCACCACUGGAUCACACUGCUGCAGCGCUCCAAGGGAGACACCCGCGUGGAUGGACAGGAGUUUCUCAUACGAGGUUGGCUUCACAAGGAGAUGAAGAACAGCAGCAAGUCCUCUCUGAAGCUGAAGAAGCGCUGGUUCCUCCUCACGCACAAUUCCCUGGACUACUACAAAAGCUCCGAGCGCAACGCCUUGAAGCUGGGAACGCUGGUGCUCAACAGCUUGUGCUCAGUGGUGCCGCCUGAUGAAAAAGUCUUCAAAGAGAGCGGAUACUGGAACGUUACCGUCUACGGCCGCAAGCACUCGUACCGCCUCUACUGUAAGCUCCUGAACGAGGCCACGCGAUGGGCCACCGCCAUCCAGAAUGUCAUUGACGCCAAAGCUCCCAUCGACACGCCAACACAGCAGCUAAUCCAGGACAUCAAGGAGAACUGUCUGAACAGUGAAGUUGUGGACCAGAUCUACAAGAGGAACCCCAUCCUUCGGUACAGCCACCACCCUCUGCACUCCCCCUUGCUGCCCCUCCCUUAUGGGGACAUCCACCUCACUGCCCAGAGGAGCAGGAUUUACAGCACUCUGCAAGAAGAAGCCCUCAAGGUGUUCAGUUCCCUGCAGCACCUGGAGGGUGUGACCGACCCCGUUCCCAUCAUCCAGGGCGUCCUGCAGACAGGUCAGGAGCUCAAACCACUGAGGGAUGAGCUCUACUGUCAGCUGAUCAAGCAGACCACACUGCCGCCUCAUCCUGCUGGUGCCGGCAACAUGAGCCGCUGGAAGAUGUUGGCCUGCAUGUCCUGCACCUUCAUCCCGACCAGGAGCAUCCUCCGAUACCUCAAGUUCCACCUCAAGAGGACUCGAGAGCUCUUCCCGGGCUCGGAGAUGGAACGUUACGCCUGCUUCGCUCUGGAUUCCUUGAGGAAGACUCGCUCCAGGGAGAACGUCCCAUCUCAGGAGGAAAUUCGAGCCAUCAUCGCUCGGCAGGACAUGAGCACCACCGUGUACUGUCAUGGCGGAGGAUGCUGCAAGAUCACCAUCAACUCACACACUACUGCCGGAGAGGUGGUCGAGAAGCUGCUGCGUGGUCUGGCCAUGGAGGACAGCAAGAACAUGUUUGCUCUCUUUGAACACAACCACGUCUCAGAGAAAGCCAUCGAAAGUCGCACCGUGGUGGCCGAUGUGCUCGCGAAGUUUGAAAGACUGUCAGCCAGUCAGGAAGAGGUCAACACAGGCUGGAAGUUCUACUUCAAACUUUACUGCUUCCUGGACAUGGACAAUGUUCCUAAAGACAGUGUGGAGUUUGCCUUCAUGUUCGAGCAGGCCCAUGAAGCCGUGAUCCGUGGUCAGUAUCCGGCUCCAGAAGAGACUCUUCAGUUCCUGGCUGCUCUGAGAGUUCAGUACCUGCUAGGAGACCACAGCUCCCAGGCCACCCUUCCAGAAAUGGCCCAGGUCUUCCCCAUGGCACGACUGCGGGCCCGGGUGCAAAAAUCAGCCAGGACAUUUGCUCCGGGCGGCGGUAGCUGCUCAGCGGCCGAUCGCUCGGGUACAUCAGAGAGGAAACGCUCCAGCUUCCUAGAGGGAACGCUGAGGCGGAGCUUCCGGAGCAGCUCCAUCAGUCAGCAGAGGCUUGACGAGGAGAACAGCCUGGAAGCCUGGAUGAGGGAGGAGGUGUCGGCGGUGCGGACCAGUGUGGUGGACAAGUGGCGGAAGCUGCAGGGCGUGGAGCAGGAGCAGGCCAUGGUCAAGUACAUGGCGCUGGUCAAGGAGUGGCCCGGAUAUGGAUCCACACUCUUCAAUGUGGAGUGCCGCGACGGCACGUUCCCUUCAGAGCUGUGGCUGGGCGUCAGUCGAGACGCUAUUUCUGUGUACAAGCGAGGCGAGCCGUGGCCUCUGGAGGUCUUUCCCUACGAGCAGAUCCUUGCCUUUGGAGCUCCUCUGGCCAACGCCUAUAAGAUCACUGUGGAAGGACGAGAACUACUCUUUGAAACUCACAUGGUGAUGGACAUCGCCAAGCUGAUGAAGGCGUAUGUCAGCAUGAUGGUCAAGAAGCGUUACAGCAACUGUCAAUCAGUCAGCAGCCACGGCAGCCAUUGCAGCGCCUGGUGACCCCAAGCAACAUGGUGUGUGUUGUGAGAUGCAGUAACCCUCCACAUCAGCAGGGAGCAGUAGUCAGUCAUUGUGGUCUAGUCAGGAGUUUGGACAAGACGAAGAAAACAAUAGUAUUUGCAGUGUGGAUAUUUGUCAUUUUAAAACACAACUCUUCCUUAUUAGCACUAAAACAACUUUAGUGAGAGUUUGAAUGUAAAAAGAAAAUUAGAUGUGUUUGUCACAAACAUUUCCAUUGGUCAACUGACCAAGCGAAGGUAGCCACAUAAGCGCCGGCUCAAAAACACGCUAAAACACACACACUUCCUCUGGCUCUUAUGUGUCCCAGCCCAACUGGAGCUUUAAGCACAUAAACUAUUACACCAAGCAAAAAAAGUUCUGGUCUGGUUUCAGCCCAGACAGACCUUUUGUCCAUUAAACAAUCAUUAAUUCUUGUUGGCAUCAAUUGUUUUUUACUGGUGUCAAAAAGAAAGAGGUUUUCAGAAUGCUUGGACUCAGAAGUUAGUGGAGCUCCGCGGGCGGCAGGUCCAUUCAAAGAUGUGUUCAGGUUCCUCCCACAGUGCCUUGCUGUACAUUUCCUACUCUUUGUGCAAUGUUUAUACUGAAAUAUAUAUUCUAUCAUCACUUGGCUGUACAUUUCAUAUGUCCUUUAUGCUUAUGGGUGAUGGUCACAUGGGUCCCUUGUUUGUUUUAUGUGACAAUAAACAAUGUGUCAAUUCAUCAUGAAGUCAAA